AAUCCUAAUAUCCCCUAUGGAUUAUAUUUCUUUUGGACAUAAAUGUUUUGUGUUUUUAUAUAAUUAAAGAUAUUCCUUAAUUCCAAAAAAAGAAAAUAAAAAAAAACAAAUAGAAUGGAAUUAGUAUUCAUGUGCAUUUCUUUAACAGUCCUAGCAGCCUUUCUUCCGCCCCCGCUAUAGUCGCUAGCUCUCCUCUCUCCAGAAACCCCAUAACCGUGCUAGCGGAGCUUCAUCUCUCCAAAUUCCUUUUUGUCGGAUCUUCGUCGGUUCAUUUCUGGUGUAUAUAAGUUCUAGGGCUCGACUGCCUUCUCCUUAGGACUCCAUUUUCAUCCCUAGAGCUCAAUUUCUCUCUCUUUCAGCUUCGGGUUCUGUAUUUUUGUUUCGACGAAGAAAGUGUUUCACGGUCGCUGGUCUCGCCAGGCGAUCUGAAGCAGAUUAGGAGAAACUCCAAAUCGAGCAAAGAAAUUUUGUUAAACGGAGGCAUCAAGGGAAUGCCAUCCAAGCACAAAGGAAACAACAAGAGAGAAACAUCCCUUACUGAAGAGUAUCGAGAAAAAAUCAAGGAUUACAAAGGGGUCCCUUCCAGCCAGCCCAGAAUGCUUGCUAGAGAUCCUAGCAAUCCAAUGGUCCAUGACAGCUUGAAUAGGAGAAAUAGUUCCUUUGAAGGUUCUUUUGUUCCUUUCUCUCCACACCGGCCAAAAAUAUAGCAAAGGGAAUAAGAGAGUUAUUUUCUUCCUUAUUUGAUCUUAUUUCUUUCCAAGCCCAUAGUUCGCCUUCGACUAUAGCUGUAGUGACCCACUUUUGUUUUACAAUGGACAUGGCUAAGGGAUCGUUUGGAACUACUUAUGAAAAGUAUUUUUCUCAGAAGGUGUUGAAUUUAAUAAGUGGUGAUGAUAAGUGUUGAACCAUGGUUUUAAAUAACGUUUGUUACGUAAGGGAAAAUUGGGAGGCUGAAAUCGUAACGGACCGAUAUUUUGGUGGGAAAAAAAUUCACGGCCGUAACGGCUGUUACGAUCCGUUACACUGCGUUACAGUCCGUUAUGGACCAUAACGACAGUUGACACUUCGAUUCGGAUUUUCUCCAUUAAAUCCACCCAACUUUCUAACGAUUCCCUGCUUUCCCCCUCUCCCAACCACUUAUCCUCGCCAGAUCUACCAUUCCAAAGACUGAAAUCAAGAAAUCGUACCUUUGAUUUGUUGUUGGAAGCUGAAGAAUAAGGACCCUUCAUUUGCAGUCGGCCAGUACUCCCCCUCCAUUUCUCCAAUUUCUUCGAGUUUGAAGGCUAAGAUCUGCCCCCCUCAAGCAGUCAAACUAUCGAAGGCAUAGAUUCCCCCCUACUCGAGCAGUCGAAGGCUUGAAGCUUUGUCCUAGCCUGUUUGCCAGUCGCAGGCCAGCCUUGCAGCAGCUUCGCGAGUCGCUGCCAGACUUGCAGCAGCUCUGCGAGUAACUGCCAGCCCUGCAGCAGCUCCGUGAGUCUUCGCCAGCCCUGCAGGAGCUCCGCCAGUUGCUGCCAGCCCCAUCUCCCUUUUGGUCUUCGAGAGUUCAAGUCUUGGAGUGGACUCUUCGAGAGUCCUCCAGCGCACCCGUCUCUCUCUUGACUCUUCAAUCUUCAGACAAGGAGAUGUCUACAUCAGAUGAAGAUGUCACAAAGCUAUAUAGAAUCCGAAGAACUGUAAUGCAAAUGCUGAGGGAUCGGGGUUAUUUUGUUGGGGAAUUUGAAAUCAAUAUGACAAAACAACAAUUUAUUGACAAAUAUGGAGAGAACAUGAAAAGGGAAGAUCUUGUUAUCAAUAAAGCCAAGAGGGAUGAUAGCUCUGACCAGAUCUAUGUUUUCUUCCCAGAGGAGCAGAAGGUUGGUGUUAAGACAAUGAAGACUUACACGAAUCGCAUGAAGUCAGAGAAUGUUUUCAGGGCGAUCUUUGUUGUCCAACAGAAUUUGACGCCUUUUGCCAGGACAUGCAUAAAUGAAAUAUCUUCGAAAUUCAAUUUAGAGGUUUUCCAGGAGGCUGAGUUGUUGGUGAACAUUAAAGAACAUGUUCUCGUUCCUGAGCAUCAACUUCUUACUGAUCAAGAGAAGAAGACUUUGUUGGAGAGGUAUACUGUCAAAGAAACACAGCUACCUCGGAUUCAGGUGACUGAUCCAAUUGCAAGAUAUUAUGGGCUGAAACGUGGGCAAGUUGUGAAAAUCAUCCGGCCAAGUGAGACUGCAGGCCGUUACGUCACCUAUCGAUAUGUUUUGAAAGUGCAGGUUACACAAACUAAAUGGUUGACACAAAUGGACAAAAUGUAGACAUGAUCUUGCCAAACUCUGGAACUCAUUUUGGUUUACCUAGUGCCAUGUAGUUAGCGUUUGCGUGUGAAUUUUAGGAUCUGAGCACUUAGCAGUGUGUGUGCGUGCUCUAUUGUUGUGAUUUGCGGCCAUUUUCCUUGGGAAAUCCUAGUUGUAUUUCAGUGAUAAA